AGACGUGGCUCAAGGAUAGCUCGGAGCGGCAAGCCUCGGAGUCGGAGCCAUGACGACCGCACAUAGACCAACAUGGAAUGCGGCAAUCGCCAGCAACAGCAAUCCCGGUGGGAACAUGAUGGUCGCUCAGACGACAAAGAUCAACAACCGGGAUGCCGCAACCUUCAAGAAGAUGAAGUUUAGACAGGCUGGUCAGGGCUUGCUGGAGGAGCGUGCCUCCCGUACUGACAUGACAGAGGAACUGGAGCGCCGAGAGCGGGCUGCUAAAGACGAGCGGGAAGGAAAGGUGAAGGAGAAGAAGAAGCCUUCCCUGGAAGACAAUCCCUUCCCGGAGGAUGCUGAUGAGGAUAUGCCCAGUGAGGAGGAGAAGGAGAAGGAGGAUGAGGACGAUGAAGACGACGAGGAUGAUGAUGCUGAAGAAUUGAUGCGGGAGUUGGCGAAGAUCAAAAAGGAGCGAGAGGAGGAAGAGGAGGCAAAGAAGGCAAUGCAAGCCAAGCAAGACAGGAGAGCACAGAGAGAGGAGGUCAUGAAAGGGAACCCCAUCCUAGCCGACGGUGCAGAUGUUUCGUUGAAGAGGCGGUGGGAUGAUGACACUGUCUUCAAGAAUCAGGCAAGACUUGCGCCCAAAGUCAAGCAGCGCUACAUCAAUGAUGCAGUCCGAAGUGACUUUCACAAAAAGUUUCUCAGCAAGUAUGUGUGGGUGGACGGCGUGGCGCACUGAGUCCCGCUUGGCUCGGGCAAAGCAAAGCCCUGCCGCCUGGGAAAGCACCAGACGAGUUGGGAAAAGCGGGAAAA